CAUCCUAGUUUACUCACCCCAAACUCAAAAUGGCUCUCAUGAAAACCUCCCUCUUCUCCCUCAUUGCUCUCUGCUUCACCUUAGCACAAGCAGCAAGGUUCGACAUCACGAACCGCUGCUCCUACCCCGUGUGGCCUGCCUCUUUGCCCGGCGGCGGGAGGAGGUUGAACUCAGGCGAGACAUGGCCCCUGAACUUGAAUGCCGGCUCAUCAGGCCGAAUUUGGGGCCGAACCGGGUGCAACUUCGACGGCUCAGGCCGUGGCAGUUGCCAGACCGGUGACUGCGGUGGCGCGCUGAGCUGCUCUCUAUCCGGUAGACCACCCACCACACUUGCUGAAUUCACAUUGAACGGAGGGAACAAUCAGGAUUACUACGAUAUCUCGGUGAUUGACGGGUUCAAUGUUCCGAUGGAAUUUAGUCCCACGUCGAAUGGGUGCACACGUUCAUUGAGAUGCAAUGCUGAUAAAUGCCCUGAUGCUUAUCUCUACCCUAGUGAUGAUACAAAGACGCACUCGUGUCCCGGUGGAACCAACUACAGGGUUGUCUUCUGCCCAUGAAGUUGAACAUAACAAUUAACAACCUUAUAUGUGGUCUCUGACAAUCAGUCAUAGACAUAUAUACCUCUAAAAUAAAGAAAAUAAGGUGUCUGCACUUUGAGUGUCGUACUGUAAUGCUUAUGCUUCUAUUCUAAAGGACUUUGUAAGAUUAUAAUAAAUUGCCGUGUCAACAAAACUUAUUUGUCUA